AUGCCAGAAAGCUCUAGAGAUAAGGGAAAUGCAGCAAUUAGCGGUAACCGUUCUGUACUUUCUAUUGCGUCCCCAACAAAGCUAAACAUACUAUCUUCCGAUUGGUCCAGAAACCAAGGUAAAGUUUCUAAAAAUUCGCUAAAGAGAUCAAGUUCACUGAACAUUAGAAACUCCAAACGUCCCAGUUUACAAGCCUCUGCCAAUUCUAUUUAUUCAAGACCUAAGAUUACAAUUGGGGCACCACCGUUAAUAAGACGAGAUUCUUCAUUUUUCAAAGAUGAAUUUGACGCUAAAAAAGACAAAGCAACGUUUUCGGCAUACUCUUCUCGUUCAUAUCCAACAAUUGGAUCUGAGAGCGUAGUUUCCCAAACAUCUUUAUCGCAACCGACAACAUCUAGAGAAGUUGAUGAGCAAUUUACAGUAGCUGCGGAUAGAUAUAUUCCAAUUCUACAGGGAGCUUCGCAAAACAAGGUCGAUCCUGAAACCUUACACGAGGCAUUACCUCCGCCAAACGCGUCGCCAAUUUCACACUUAAGGGCCCAGACUAAGAUUGUCUUCAAACAAAAUGUAGCUGAAGCGUGUGGGUUAGAUAUGAAUAAAAGAAUACUACAAUACAUGCCGGAACCACCAAAAUGCUCUUCCUUGAGACAAAAAAGCUAUAUCAUGAAGAAAAGAACACAUUAUAGUUAUCAGCAGGAACAAAAAAUUCCUGAUUUAAUUAAAUUAAGGAAAAUCAAUACCAAUCCGGAAAGAAUUCUUGAUGCACCUGGUUUCCAAGACGACUUUUAUUUAAACUUGUUAAGUUGGUCCAAAAAAAAUGUCUUAGCUAUAGCACUAGACACUGCAUUAUAUCUGUGGAAUGCCACCACUGGGGAUGUUUCCCUGUUAACGGAUUUCGAAAACACCACAAUAUGCAGCGUUACGUGGUCUGAUGAUGAUUGUCAUAUCUCUAUCGGUAAAGAGGAUGGGAACACCGAAAUUUGGGACGUUGAGACCAUGUCAUUAAUUAGAACUAUGAGAUCAGGCUUAGGUGUCCGUAUCGGUUCAUUGUCUUGGUUAGAUACUUUGAUAGCUACAGGCAGUCGUAGUGGAGAAAUUCAAAUCAAUGAUGUCAGGAUCAAACAGCAUAUUGUAUCUACAUGGGCAGAGCACACAGGCGAAGUCUGCGGUUUGAGCUAUAAAAGUGACGGAUUGCAACUUGCAUCUGGUGGUAAUGAUAACACUGUAAUGAUUUGGGAUACCAGAACGUCCUUGCCUCAAUUUUCCAAGAAGACGCAUACUGCUGCUGUAAAAGCACUAAGCUGGUGUCCAUAUUCGCCAAAUAUUCUAGCCUCUGGAGGCGGACAAACAGAUAAACACAUCCAUUUUUGGAACAGUAUCACAGGUGCACGAGUUGGCUCAAUCAAUACCGGAUCCCAGGUGAGCUCUUUACAUUGGGGCCAAAGUCAUACGUCAACCAAUGGUGGUAUGAUGAAUAAAGAGAUUGUUGCCACAGGAGGUAAUCCAGAGAAUGCAAUCUCUGUUUAUAAUUAUGAAACAAAAUUCAAAGUUGCAGAAGUAGUUCAUGCUCAUGAAGCAAGAAUAUGCUGUUCUCAAUUGUCCCCUGACGGAACCACAUUGGCCACAGUGGGAGGAGAUGAAAACUUAAAAUUUUAUAAGAUAUUUGAUCCAAGAUGUACAGGAAGAUCGAGAGAAGACGGAUUGAUGGAUGGUAUGCUAGGACUUAUUGGCAAGGAAGGUUGUCGAACAAAUGAUAAGGAGAAUCGUUCCAAAAAUUCGAGUGAGAUUCAUACAAGGAGGCCCUCUAGUACCAGCCAAUAUUUGAUCAGGUGA